AUGCCUUGCGAAAUCCGAGCAUGCACACUAUGGUGGUCAGGACCAAGUUUAUUGACUCAAGAUGAAACCACUUGGCCUCCCACUAUUCAGCACAUUCCACCAGAGCAACUCCCGGAAACGAAAGCUGUUUCUAUCAGUCUCACUGUCAUCGAACCACCACCGACGUUUAGCCUGUUCACUAUGGAAAGCAGUUAUCGGCGAAUGCAACGAGUUAUGGCAUUAAUGUUGCGGUUUAUCGAUCAUGUUCGACAAGACAACGGCAAACAACAUCGUUAUGGAGUACUGACGAUACGUGAACUCGACGAAGCUACAAUGGCUCUAACAAGAAUGGUUCAAAGGGAAGCCUUCCCGAAUGAAUUCGACUCUUUGCAGGCGGGAAAGGUAAUUCAUAGUAACAGUCAACUUAUUGCGUAUUCCGUUUUCCCAGACAAAUCAAGGUUUAAUGUGUUACGUGUUGGCGGUCGGAACCGUCAUGCAUCCUGGAUGUCCUCAAACCAGAAGCACCCUCUGGUACUUCCAUCUCGUCAUCCGUUCACACUGGCCGUAAUACGGGCGUACCAUGCUGAAUUUCUUCACGCUCCACAACAACUUCUUUUGAGCAUCCUACAACGUCGGUUUUGGCUGAUGCACGGACGCAGUACAGUGCGAUGGGUACUCAGAAGGUGUGUCACUUGCUUCAGAGCGAAGCCGGUGGUAAUGCAGCAAAUGAUGGGCGAUUUACCGAAAUCGCGUUUAGAAGGAGGUUACCCGUUCCGAAAUGCUGGAAUAGAUUUCUGUGGACCAAUCUAUAUUCGUCAACACAAUAAGCGAUCAACUGUAAUAUAUAAGGCAUAUGUGGCAGUAUUUGUUUGUUUUGCUACCAAAGCGCUACAUUUGGAGUUGGUUGGAGAUUUGACGGCUGACGCUUUCAUCGCCGCUUUACAGCGAUUUAUAUCACGCCGAGGUAAAUGUGCUAAAUUGUUUUCCGACAACGGUCUUAACUUUGUUGGUAGCAAGAAUAAAUUACGCGAGAUGUACGAUAUGUUCCAGUCUCAGGUGUUCAAAGACAAACUGGAAAUUUUCUGCUCAAAAACGGCCAUCGAAUGGCAUCUAAUACCUCCUGGCGCUCCUCAUUUUGGUGGUCUCUGGGAGGCCGGAGUAAGAUCAGCUAAGUACCAUCUCAAACGAAUCACUGGGACUGCGAAUAUGAACUUCGAAGAAUAUACGACUAUUCUUAGCCGAAUAGAAGCAGUGCUCAACUCAAGGCCAAUUACCCCUAUGUCAACUGAUCCAACUGAUAUACAACCCUUAACUCCUGGACACUUUCUAGUGGGACGUCCGCUGAGUGACAUUCCCGAACCCAACAUCAUCGAUCGGAAGGAAACAACACUCUCUCGUUGGCAGCGACAGACGCAAAUGGUGCAACAUUUUUGGGCUCGUUGGUCGCAUGACUAUAUCACGACACUACAGAAUCGGAAUAAAUGGCAUAAACGUUUUUUGGUCAAACCAGGAUUCAUGGUGAUAAUACGCGAGGAUAAUCUUCCAACAAUGCAAUGGAGGCUUGGAAGAAUCAUCAAUGCCAUACCGGGUCCAGAUGGUCUGGUGCGAGUAGCUGAUAUACGUGUUGGCAGCAAGGUUAUUAGGCGACCUAUUGCCAAACUGUGCCUGUUACCGAUUGAAGACAAUCUACAAGAAGGAAUUGAAGAUCGAAGAAAUUAA